AUGGCAAUUGGUCAAAGUAGUGGUGGUCUUAACCAAGACUAUUAUUCCCAGGGCAAUAACCAGGGAGCUUAUGGUGAGUCUGCGGGGCAACAGAGUUCCCGCUACUCCAAUAAUGGCAAUGGUGCUCAAAAUCGUCAGGAAAGCUCUAGUGGACAGCAAACGAACUCUGGCCAGUUCCAGGUUCAGGGAAACUUUGAUAACGGCUCUGGACACAAUGGGUAUAAUAAAGUCUCUGGAAGUAAUAAAAAUACUGACGCAGGAGUUCAUCAGGGUGGUUAUGUUGGACGUCAGAGCGGUUAUGCUGGACGUCAGAGCGGUUACGAGCAACAGCAAGGUGGCUACGGGGGUCCCCAAACCGCCCAAAGCAGCUAUGGUGGUCCUCAGAAUGCCCAAGGCGGUUACGGGGGUCCUGCUGGAGGUCCUCAGGGGUCGUUUGGACAAGGCGGUCCUGGUGGGCCAGGCGGGCCAGGCCUGUCUCAAGGACCUCCCGGCGGAAACUUUAAUGGACAAGGCCACCAAGGCCAACAAGGCCAGUAUGGCGGUUCGUACAAUCAGCAAGUUCAGAGGCCUGAAGAAAAGAUGUCAUCUGGAAAUUUGGGUAAAAAGCUUAUGGUUGGAGCUGGUGUCGCUGCGGGAGGUUUGCUGAUUGCCAAAAAGAUGAAGGACAAAAAGCAUCCAGAAAACCAUUAG